UUCUUCAUACCAUCCAAAAGGUUAUAGAAACCUCCAUAAUAAAAAGUUGGAUUGUCCUGGAUAUACUCUGGUCGGACGAUAACCACCGCCGCGCCAAAUAUUCGCGUUUUUGUACAGUGUGCGGUUUGACCUUUUAUGCCUACCGUAGUACGGUUACCAAGGGUACGACAGAGCGAGUCCAUGACGGGAAGAUAAUGCGUCUUAAGCCUGAAGUAAAGACGUAGAUAACUCUCCAAAUAAUAAUAAUAAUCAGAAAGACGUAGCCGUUAAGAAUAAACCAAGCUGCAAUGGCAUCUAUGUUGGAUGCUCUUUGGGAAGACAGGGAUGUUAGGUUCGAUAUUACUGCGCAGCAAAUGAAAACGAGACCAGGCGAAGUGCUUAUAGAUUGCUUAGAUUCUAUUGAAGACACCAAAGGAAAUAAUGGAGACAGAGGGAGGCUUCUUGUCACAAAUCUGAGAAUCAUCUGGCACUCUUUGGCUCUACCCAGAGUCAAUUUGUCUGUGGGAUACAACUCAAUUAUUAAUAUUACCACAAGAACUGCUAAUUCAAAACUGAGGGGUCAGACUGAAGCACUGUACAUAUUAACCAAGAGCAGUAACACCAGGUUUGAGUUUAUUUUCACCAGUGUGGUUCCGGGAAGCCCCAGGUUGUUCACGUCCGUCAUUGCAGUCCACAGGGCUUAUGAAACCUCAAAGAUGUACCGUGACUUGAAGUUGAGAGCAGCUCUUAUUCAUAAUAAACAGCUGAGACUUUUGCCACAAGAACAGGUUUAUGACAAAAUUAACGGAGUGUGGAACUUAUCCAGCGACCAGGGUAACCUGGGAACCUUUUUUAUCACAAACGUGCGAAUUGUGUGGCACGCCAACAUGAACGAGUGUUUCAACGUCAGCAUCCCCUACCUGCAGAUUCGCUCCAUCAAGAUCAGAGAUUCCAAAUUUGGCCUGGCGUUAGUGAUAGAGAGCUCUCAGCAGACAGGUGGGUAUGUACUUGGUUUCAAGAUCGACCCCAUAGAGAAACUACAGGAUGUGGUGAAAGAGAUCAACUCUCUGCACAAGGUUUACUCUGCAAGUCCCAUCUUUGGAGUACAGUAUGAGAUGGAAGAAAAGCCGCAGCCACUGGAGGAGCUGACAGUGGAGCAGCCUGCCGACGACGUGGAGAUCGAGCCAGAUGAGCAGACGGAUGCUUUCACAGCAUACUUUGCAGAUGGCCAUAAGCAACAAGACAGAGAAGCAGUGUUCUGUGAAGAGCUUGGACUGGCUAUUGAGAAGCUGAAAGAGGGAUUUACACUGCAGGGACUCUGGGAAGUCGUGCCUUAAGAACAUCAUCUGCUUUUCUCUUUUUUGUACUUCUGCUGUCACAGUUUCAGCUCCAAACGUCAAGGCUUUUAUUAGUUACUACGUAGGACAGAACGGGAGUCUGCUUGUUUAUUUAUAAUGUAUAUAUGUACAAAGCAUUUUGUGAUAUUGGUACGAUAAUUAAACGGUUACAUUCUGAAUAUUUCAGUAUUUUGAAGGAACGUAUAUUGUCUCAGUAUUGGUGUGUUGUGUUAUGCUUGCUUAUUUCCUCCUAUGUACUGUAUUUGUGUCUGUAAAUAGCAAAUAUAAGUACCAUUUUAGAACAUGAGGAGGGCUGAGUCAUUUGUUUGGUUUGGAGUGCUGAGACACGCCCCCCUCCCCCCAGUGAACAAUGAUCCAGUGGCUAUUUAGAAACAUGUCUGAGGGAUUGACCCGCGUCACAAACUGUUGAAGAGGAUUGACUCUCACCUGUUACGAUAAGCAGCUGUUCCUUGACCUUGCUUCCAGGCAAGGCCUUGCCUUUGUGUGGGUAGUGAGGUAGUGGGGUAGGGGAGUAUUAGCUUUAACUUGGCAUGCCUCACAUGAGAAGGUUAUGAGUCAACUUGGGUUAAUUUUUCACCAUACCUUUCCUAGUGUUCGAGGGACUAAAAUGAUUGGAUUUGCCUUGGACCAGAUCUUUCCCACUUCUGUCAUUUCUAAUAUUGCCAUACCUUACAAGUCUGAUGUUAGAUCCCUUCCUAAACCCACCUACUCAUGCCUUACUAGUCAUUAAUGAACCCAAACACAUUUCACAUCAAGGUGACUUAAAUACUUUACCUUUAUCCUUUGCAGUGUAAUAAUCAAUUGUGAUACAUUUUAAAUUACAGUCCCGUACCAAUGUUGAACAAAAUGAAUGAAGUUUGUUUGUCCUCUGCUAAUGUACUCACACAUUUAUUAUAGCUACAUAGGACAAAAUAAUGAUGACAAAAUUUCAGCUCUGUGAGCAUCACUAGCUCUGUCGUUGGCAACCAUAAAGCUAUAUUUCCCUGGUGA